GUUGAUCAGUGUAGUGAUUGAUGAUGGAGGUGGAUGACGGUAGCGGUGAAGUGGCGUAGGGCUGGGCGAGUGCGAGCGCCUCCGGCAGUCGGUCUGCCUUAACCUGCCUCACCAAAGAUGGCGAAGUGACGUUUCAGUCGCCACACGGCCCCAACUCGACCCGUGGCUGAUGUCAGACGGCUGCGGAAAGUUCUUAAAAUGGACUAACCACCAGGGCCUAAACCACUCCGAUAUCCGUUGGUUGUAGUUAAUGAUGCCUUGUUCAUCAGUAACUCUGGAUUACAGAAGAGAUAGUAGUACCAUGCCAGUUGCAUUGAGCUCCAGAUGCAAUUUGGACAAUGAUUACGGCAGGCUGAGGUAUAACUACAGCACCUGUUCCUGGAGAUCUCCUGAUAGCACACUGUCAAAAUACUCCUACUCCAGGGGUUCUGGGACAGCAUCAUCAAGAUCAAGCUCGUUAACAGAUGACAAUGUUGAAAAAGACAAAAGUGACUCUUUUUCAAGUCGGUCAACGUACAGAGAGAGCUCGUCAAGAUCUCGUCCCUCGUUGUCUUCUGUGAAUGGAUAUGAUCUGCCCAAGUAUUCAUCUUUGACGCACCAACGAAAGUCAAAUUACACCACAUUUGAUCUUAGUGAAUUUAGAAUAACCUACGCACCAGAAAGCUAUGUAGCCGGCUCACAGCGCUCAAGUUAUAGCAAAUUUUCCUCACCGUUGAAAACAUCCGAUACGCUAGGAAGGCUGAAGGAAACUUCUGUUUUAACUUCCUCUCAGAGAAAAGACAGAAAAUAUGAAUCAUCAGAGAGCUUAUCUGCUGAGGAUGGUAGUUCAACAAAAGGUAUCCCGGGUGUGUCCAGGAAAGAAAUCUCCAGCCAGUCUUCUGAAACUGCAGGACUCAGCGGCCUAAGGAAUAUUGGCAAUACUUGCUUUCUUAACUCUGUGGUACAAUGUCUCAGUCAUACACGUCUGCUGAAGGAUUUCUUGGUUAGCAGAGACUUUUCUCAGGAUUUCAGAAAUGCUGACACAAAGGGGUCUUUAAUCAAAGCUUUUGCUGAUGUAAUUUAUGAACUCUGGAGCGAAGGUGGGAAAAUAGUAAACACUUCCUCUUUCAAAAGUCAAAUUCAACGUUACGCUCCUCGAUUUAUGGGCUACAACCAGCAAGACGCUCAAGAAUUUCUUCGAUAUCUCUUGGAAGGGAUUCAUAAUGACAUAAAUCGUGUAACUGUGAAACAAAAGAACUUGCCAGAAAUUGAUGACAAUUUGACAGAUUCUGUGAAAGCGAAUGAAAGUUGGAAACAAUAUCUCCAAAUUGAUAACAGUGAGAUAGUCGAUUUAUUUGUGGGACAACUAAAAUCUACCUUGCAAUGUACAAGUUGUGACCACAAGUCAACCACAUUUGAAGUGUUUUGGGAUCUUUCACUUCCACUUCCGACCAGAUCGUCGACAUCUUUACGACUUUCACAGUGCUUAGAUCAUUUCACUAAGGAGGAAAUUCUUGAUGGCGAUGAAAUGCCGACUUGUUCUAAAUGCAAAACAAGGAGAAAAUGUACCAAACGGUUUUCAAUUCAACGAUUUCCUAAAAUCCUAGUGCUUCAUCUAAAGAGAUUCUCACCCAGUGAGCGCUAUAGAAAGCUUUCAGCAACUGUAGAAUUCCCAUUGACUAACUUGGACAUGAGUGCAUAUUCAAGCAACCAGCAAACAUGUAUUUAUAAUUUGUAUGCCGUUUCCAACCAUUCUGGCUCAGCCCAUUCUGGGCACUACACAGCUUAUUGUUUGCAUAGAAAAAAUCAGCAAUGGUACGAAUUCAACGACUCAAGGGUGUCUCAAACUUCUUCAAGGAAUGUUGUGUCGAGUGAAGCUUAUUUGUUAUUUUAUGAACAGGUUUCACCAUCAGCCAGUUCUUCUCUUUAAUAUAGUGCUUAAAUUAAUUUUUUGACACUGUGAAUUAAUUUAAUGUGAAUAUUAAAGUUAAAACAAUAAACUAAGUUGUUGUACUUUUAUUUAUUGUUUUUUAAAUUAUAGUUAUUUGUAACACUGAUAAAUUCACCCCAUAGCAAUUAAAUUCGAACGUUGUUUAUUAACAGGUUUUAUUCUUAAUUGUAACAUCCUUAAAAUUGUUUUCCAAUAGAUACAGGGUAUAGAAAAAAGAGAAUUUUUUUUGUUUGUGUGAAACAAAUGAACAAGUGUGCUAAGAGUGAUAUUACUUUGUUUUUUAAUUUUAAUUUUUGUUUAUGGCAAUGUGUCAAGCUUGAAAAAGUAUCUGAAUCUUAAGAUAAUAAAAAAUAAAACUCAAGAAAAA